AUGGCACCUUCACUCUCACAAGCCCAGCAAUUACGUGCAAAAGCCGACAAGAAAUUCAACUCUUCAACCGGAUGGUUCUCCAGUAGCAGCUCCAAGUAUGAAGAGGCUGGAGACUUGUAUCAGCAAGCUGCCAAUUCGUUCAAGAUCGAUAAAGAAUUCAAGGAGGCUGGCGAUGCGUUUAUGAAGGAGGGCGAGUGUCGUGAACAGUCUGGAGAAAAGGAUGAUGCUGCAAAUGCAUAUUGGAAUGCCGCCAAAGCCUACAAGCGAGGGUUCCCAGAUGAGGCUGCUAGAGCGCUAACUAUGACUAUCACACUCUUAACUAAGGCUGGGAGGUUCCGCCAAGCUGCCGACAGGGAAAAGGAAAUCGCUCAGAUUUACCUACAGGAGAAGCAAGACUUGGGAAAGGCAUGCGAGUCGUUUGAGCGUGCGGCGGAAUGGUAUGCUCAGGAAGAUGCUAUGGCAACUGCUAACGCGUGUUACAAGGACGCCGCAGACUUGCACGCCGAGUUGGGAAAUUAUGGCCAUGCUAUCGCAUUGUACCAAAAAGUAGCCGACCACUCGAUGACAAGCGCACUCACCAAGUAUAGUGUGAAAGAAUACUGGCUGCGGGCCGGGCUAUGCGCUUUGGCUAUGCAGGAUACGGUCACAGUUCGCCGCAACAUGCAGCUUUAUGGACAGAAGGAUGUCACAUUCACCUCAACACGUGAAGCCAAAUUCAUUAACACACUGACUGACGCAGUCGAGGCCGGGGACAAGGAAGGAUUUACAAACGCAGUUUUCGAAUACGAUCAGGUUACGAAACUUGACAACUGGAAGACAAGCAUACUCCUUCACAUCAAGAGGGGUGCCAAUAUCGACGAGAACGGCAUAUGGUACAGCAUUUACGUGGUCCCUGAUUAUGGAGUCAUGUUUGGCGAUGCCGGGUUGCCUUGUGGCAUGCAUCCCACCACGCGAGCGAGCCUUACUUUGCAUCACGUUUUGCGUUUUGCGCCUUACUGCGCUGGUCCGCGUUGUACUUUUUCACUUGGUGUAUACUGGAGUACGUGUAGGAGUAUAUUAAAAGCUCGCCAUGGCCACUCCGUGGAUCCUGCUGAGCGCAAUAACGAACACAGCGAGACUAUCAACUGUCUUGCAGAUACUCUUGUUUCUACCCCUGACACUCUCAACAUUAUCCACACCUGCAUUCCUUGUGUGCUCACUGGGUCUCACCUUACACGCUCUCAUCCAUGGGACCAUGCACCUCUUGAUGCCAUGGCUAUCUCCCAUGUUGUCAUUCAUGCAAUUACCAAUGCACCCGGUGGUAUUGCUGACAACGUUCAAUUUAUUCUCAACACCCCGUCACUCUCUGUUAGCGGCGUCAAGUUGGUGGGGGAAAUGCUUAAGAUGUUCACCGGACGCAAAGGCAAAGAGGUUGCUGAACAAGGAGAAAGCGCCCAAUUUGGAUUGCUGGUGGGAGCGGCCGCAGCGUAUGUCGCAGCAUCAUGGUGGUUAGUCGUGACUUAUCCGGUGGUCGCGGUCACACCGCUAUCCUCGACCCUAGUUGGCGCCGCAGUUACUACACUGGUGUUCUUGACCUUGAUAGGGUUUGCGGUUAGACGAACCAAUGUGAUAGAGACGGCUGGUCUGGCACUAUAUGUUGCCUAUAACAUCUGGCUAUGCUCAGAAACGGGUGAUAGUGAUGGCUACGGUGAAGGGUGGAUCCAUAUUUCAAGCACAUACGCUCCGCUCGUUGCGAAUAUCAUGCCUCAUCUUCAGACCCUAGUUAAUUUCAUUCGGCACACGCUUCCCAAGCCACUCUUAGUGUCAUUAUUCUAUCGUUUAUCCGUACUUCACUUGGCCUCGCGCAUACUUCCUUUGAUCGGAAGUGAUAGCUGGGCGGGUGAAGCCGGUGUCGAUGAUGGCUUGCAGAGCUCGCGAGUAACAACAGUUCUUCUGACUUAUCGGCAAACCAUCUUUGUCACAGUCUAUUCGCACCUAUUGUUACUUGACCAUACCUCUCAAGUUUGGUGGAGGUGGACCAAUAUCUUCUUUACAUUGGCGGCCUGGUCUGUGGAGAUCUUAUUGACAGGAGAGGACGAUGACCUUGGAGUCAAGUGGAAGCUUCUUGAUUUCUAUAUGCUGCAUGCAACCACCCCUCCCUCAAAGCCGGAAUUAGCCCCCCAACAGCUCGUUUCUACCGAUACAUUACACGAUAACGUCCUCAAGGCAUCUGAAGACGUACAAAGACAGCCGGGACCUGGUAUCAACUAUCUCCCAACCGAACUCCUAUCCAAAGUUUUCGAGAUCGUAUCCGAGGAACAAGAUGGAGCAAUCAUCCAACUGUCACAUGUGUGUAGCCACUGGCGACGCGUCGCCCUAUUCUCUCCACGAGCGUGGUCCAGAGUGGUAGCCGACAUGUCCCCGACCUCUAAUGACCCGAAAGUUGAGAAAGCAUUGGCUUACCUAGCCCGUUCGGGUGCCUGCCCAGUUGAUGUCCAAGUCAUAGCCAGCUAUGGUGACAGCUACGAUCCAUCAAACGGCGUUAUGGAUGCUUUGUAUUCGCAUAUCCCUCGCUGGCGUUCAUUUUCAUUUCACUGCUCAAACUCGGGAGUCUCCUACGAUGUUAUCAAAUCGCUUAGCGGGACCGCUACGGCACUUCGAGAGCUCCGACUCGUAUUUCAGCCCGGUUCCAGGGCACAUGGGGAGUACCCUCGUAUGCCAACGAACUUUUUGAUUCAGGCACCUUUUCUGAGGUUGCUCGAGCUGAAUGGGGUCGGUGUCAAUUUGAACUGGCUCACCUCUUUACAACACCUUGAGACAUUGGAGCUGGUCCAAAAUGGCAAUAGCCCACUUGCAUACGGCGAUCUUCUCCGGGUAUUGUCGACUUGCGCCGCUUCAUUACGCAGCCUCAAGAUUCACGCAACGAUCUCGAACACCGGCACCUUGCCCUCGCCGGCCCUCGUCUUGCCCUCGCUUCAGACCCUCGAUCUGAUCCUGCAGACUUCGCCAAUGGCGUCUGUACUUGGCCACAUUGAAGCCCCUGUCUUGGAAUAUCUCUCAUUGCAAGACAUACGAAAUCCCAGCGAUCGCUGGUGCUCUAUUGGCCUUCGCUCGUUCUUGCGUCAACCAGCUUCAAGCCUUCGCCAGUUAAGGUUAUGCUCAAUUGGAAUGGAAGACGAUGAAUUGAUUUGGGCGCUGGGGCGAAUGGAAGGGCUUGAAAAACUCGAGUUAAUUCAUUCCAUCAAUACUGAUGUCUUGCUGCGUGGCUUGGCGCAGCCCAUGACAGACACUACUGCAGACUCUUGGGUUGCCCCAGCACUUCACACUUUAAAACUCGAGCAAUGUCACCAAAUAACGGGAACUGCUCUGGUUGAAUGCAUCAAAUCUCGCAACGCGAGUGAUUCAACUAGACAUGUCCCUAUUAGGGACUUGAGGGUGCAAAAUUGCUAUCAAUUUGAACGUCGACAUUCAGUUAAACUGGGUAAACUUUCACCAUUCCUCAACCUUGAUGUUGCCAUUAUUUCUUCUUUCAACUUCGGUCUUGGUGGUAUGCGCUCCCGAAGCCCUUACCAGAAUAUGGUUGGAGUUGCAUACUAA